GCGGCAGUUUUCUGUGCCAUGAUGAAAGUAUCUCUGGCUACCUGGCUGAUUUUUGCAGCAUCUGUAGACCUUGUUCUCUCUUUGCGGUGUUAUACCUGCAGCGAGCCCAUGGAUGUUAGCUACUGCGUCGCUGUCACCCACUGCCCAGCCAACACCUCCGCUUGCAAGACGACGGUCCACUCGGUGGAUUCAGGUUUCCCGUUUUUUGGAAACAUCACGGUCAGCAAAUCCUGCUCCAAGAAGUGUGUGCCCUCGGAGCCGGACACCAUUGGUGAAAAUCACCCCAACUAUUGUUGUUACACGGAUUUGUGCAACGUGGGAGCUGGCCAGGCGGCCACAGCGGAGUUCAGUGCCCUGAGCUUCGCCAUCGUCCUCGCCUUGUCUCUGCUCGGGCUUCAAGGAUAACCCUCCAGGGUGACGCUGGAUCU